AUGGCGGUGACAACAAGAGCAUCUGUUCGGCGUCAUGCCGCUUCGGCUUCAUCGCAACUGUCUCGUCAAAAGUCGACAAGCGCUCCAUCAUCAGUCGAUCAGCCAGAGACAAGACGAUGCAGGCGCAGCAGGUCGUCAGAUAACCAACAUCGUAUCAACAGAGACGCACCAUCCGACGCUCAACACAGUGAUCAGCCCGCGUCCAAGAUACUUAUUGGAGGCACCGACUUGACGUGGCAACAGCAGGAGCUGCUACAACGAACAACAGUACGAUCGAGUCGGCGACGCAGCGAAUCAAGGACACCGAACAGCCGUAGAUCAUCACUCUCGACCACCCUGCCUGUUCUGCGCGUCACCAACGACUGUCAACUCGUAUUAGCCGACGAAUCGAGAGCUCCCAAGAAAUUUCACAGGUCAAGACGCAGCCUUGCGAGUCUUCACUCGCCCUCGAAUUCUCAGCCAGAUCUGUCCUGUACAUCGGAUGCAAAAAAGCGACGUCGAUCCUCUGACCAGUCGACGGAUCUGUCCACCAACUUGACUCCUUCACAAGCCUACGCAGAGCCAAGCUGCUUCCGUGCACCUAUGCCGCAGUCACUUCCGCUGCCCUGCUUUACCAAGUCGAUCAGGGCUGUUGCUACUGUAGCACGCAUAAGCUAG